GGUGCGCGCGGACCUCGCCAGCAGCUCGCUUUCUGUUUCAAGCUCGUGCUCUGGCAAACGCUAGCGAAGUGCCCGCGAGCGCCAGUGAACGGUACAUGCUGCUACUGCUGCUGCUGCUGCCGUCGACGGGGAGAACCUGGAGCUGCUUCUGUCUCCUUACUCUUGGUGCCUCAUAGAGUGGCUCAGAGCUCAGCAUUAAUCGCCCUCCACAGCACUCACUCUCAUCCUAGGGAAUACUUGCACCUUGCUCUUCAGUCGCUGCACCUGUGCUUUGCACAUUUCAGGUUCAUGAGCUGUCUGACAAGAUGGAAAUGGAAGUGCUGAUCAUUUGCCUUUUCUCUUGGAUAUUGCGGUGCGUUUCAUUGCGGGAGGACUCCAUCAUUCACAUCGGUGCCAUAUUUGAAGAGAAUGCUGCAAAAGACGAUGAAGUUUUCCAGCUGGCUAUAUCAGAUCUGAACCUUAAUGACGACAUUCUGCAAAGUGAAAAGAUAACCUAUUCCAUUAAGUUUAUAGAAGCCAACAAUCCUUUCCAGGCUGUGCAAGAAGGUAAGACGCGUUCAUUUAGAGGUCUGCCGUGGCUUCUUUAUGUGGUACAUUGGAGAUGUCAGCUGGAUUCCACUAGAACAGGUGUUUUAUGCCAGAAAAAAAUGUGACAGGAGAGGCUGUAGUUUUUUAUUUUCUUAGCAAAGAAGCAAGUUAAUUUUGCCGACGGUUGGCGCUGUUUUAUCAAAGAGAC